AUGACUAACGACGAUCAGGACGUUUUAAGCGAGUUAUCCGACUUGAUUGAAGGCUUGACUACAUCAGGAAGCCGAAGUCUAGACGAAAAGCUUUUCAAAAGGGUGAAAUCGAUUUGCAAAUGUUCGGAUGAGAACGUUCGACACUUGUAUCGAAUGAUUAUGACACAGUUGGAAAAGAGACACUCUGAAAUACGGUUAUCAGCUUUACAGAUCAUCAAUGAAAUAUUUUUAAGAUCUCAUGCGUUUCGUGAGUUACUUGUAGAUGAUUUCCAAAAAUUUUUAAGCCUCACUAUAGGGGUGAAUUCCAAGAAACCUUUGCCAGAGCCGAAUGCAGUUGCAAGCAUAUUAAGGAGCCAGGCUCUUAAGGCCAUUGAGAAAUGGAAUCAAAAAUAUGGCCCGCACUACGUGAAGCUUGCACUGGGGUAUAAAUAUUUAAAAUGUGUUAAGAAGUUCAAUUUUGACGAUUCGCAAUCACAUACGGAGGUGGAACGGCUAAGGGCUCAAGAUGUCGAAAAUAGAAGAGCAAAUCAUGCCGAACAAAAGUUGAAUGCUGUGUUGACACAAAUGGGUGAUUUGAUUGCUGAUAUUCAAAGUAUUAUCAUGGAAAUGGGGAACUGUUUUCGACUUGUCUUGCCGAGUCCAGAGGAAUUUUAUAUAUAUGCCACAAAUUCAAGGGAUCCUACUUUGCAACUGUUGGAUAGUGACACACCUAGCACAAGUUCGGGCAUUACACACAAGCCUGUAAACAACGAUAAACAAAGUUCUUUAAGAUAUAACAAACAAGGUUCAUUAAGUCAUAACGAACAACAUUUGUUAAGCCAUAAUGAACUGAAUGACCACGGUCUUAUAUCACAAUCGUAUCAACUGGCUAUCCCACUUAGCACGUCAGUUGAAAUUAUCGAAACGGCUGACAAUACUGAUGUGCUUAAUACAUUACGAGAGCUACACAAACAGAUUGUUGACAAGUAUUUACCAUCAACACAGAAAUGGCUUGAAGUGUUAACGAAACACAGUGGCCAUCACGAAAACCUGGUUCAGGCAAUUGACUUGAAAAAUUCAUUGACUGAACUUAAGUACAAAUUUGAUAAACUAACAAUAAUUUCAAAGAAUGCUCAAAGGAAUGUUGAUGAAUGUGCUAAAAAUGUAGAUGAUGAAACAGCAGAUGGUUUUAUUGAUGUUCCUGAGAAGGAAGGACUAGAACAUGUCCCAGAGAGUCGUCAACAUGAGUAUGGCAUAGAACCUGUGAAAAAUAUGUCUUUGAGUACCAGUACAACAAUUGGUGAAGGUCUGAAACUACUUACCCAAUAA